ACCUUGCCAAAACUUCCUUUGGUGGGAGCAAGAAAGUUUCCUUACAGGAAAAGUAUGUAAGAUUUGUUUAUUCUAAUUCAUCUGAAACUUGAUUUCAUUUUUCUAAAGUAGAAAAAAAAUACUUUUGGAAGAGACUGCUGAAUCUCCCUCAUUUGACCAGAAAGACAGAGAAGACUGUAAAUCAAGGAAAAGAGUACGCUAUCAGAAGCAUCACCCUUCUGGUAGGGCACUGGACUCUGCUGGGCCUGGGAAGGAAAAGGGGAGAAGACUGUGGGCAGCCUCAGCGCCACACCUGAAAGUGACGGUUUUGCCUCCAGAGCGUGUGAACAUUCCAGUCCCAGUUCAGCUUCUAGCCCUGCUCCAACCUGCACAACCAAAGCAUGCUUUCCAGCUUCUAGAGCGGACCCCAUCAUUGCAGCUGCCGCUGCCGCUGCCACUGCCUAUACCUCCUGCCUCCGCUGCUGCCUCAGCUGCUUUUUAGAUCCGUCUGCAACCUGGUUCUCUAGAUAAAGACAACGACAUACGCCUUUUCCAAAAGUGUGUGUGGAAUCGACUUUCUGUCUGCAUCCAAGAAGGUUCCGAGACCAAGAUACAAUGUUCAGGAGAUUGUUUCAGCAAUGGAGCUUUGCGGUGUUUCUGCUGAGUUACUCUGUUCCUUCUUGUGGGAGAUCGGUGGAGGGGCUCAGCCGCCGACUCAAAAGAGCUGUAUCAGAGCACCAGUUCCUCCAUGACAAAGGGAAGGUUAUUCAAGAUUUACGACGAAGAAUCUUUCUUCAAAAUUUGAUUGAAGGCAUUAACACAGCUGAAAUCCGAGCUACCUUAGAAGUUUCUCCUAAUCCCAAGCCUGCUACUAACACAAAGAACUACCCUGUCCGGUUUGGAAGUGAAGAUGAAGGGAAGUACCUAACUCAGGAGACCAACAAGGCACAGACAUAUAAAGAGCAGCCACUGAGGACAUCUAACAAGAAAAAGAAAGGCAAGCCAGGGAAACGCAAGGAACAGGAAAAGAAAAAACGGCGAACUCGAUCAGCUUGGUUAAACUCUGGAGUAGCUGGUAGUGGGGUUGAAGGGGUUCACCUAUCAGACAUCUCUGAGACCACGCUGGAUCUCAACUUACGUACAGAAAUCCUAUGGGGUUUGAAAGACAGAUGAAAACAACACAAGAACACAUCAGAUGCAACCAAUGAUUUCUUACCAUUCAUACUCCCCCUUCAUCCCACCAAUCUUUUCCCAGUUCUCUGGCAAAUAGUAAUACAGAAUGAUUUGUUUUUAGUCAAUUCUGAACUUGAUAAUCAGCAUCACUUCCUGAGUUAAUUGACUAAAAUUUAGUGUGUAUAUCAUAUCAGAUGUCAAAUUAUUUGGUGUUAUUAGGAUAACUUAAAGAGUAAGUGAUGACAUCACUGAAGACUGCUUGGAUUCAAUGAAUGACCUAGCACAGAUACUGAAUGCAUCUGUAAGUUAUAGUGAGGUCUAUAUAUCUUAGAUCAUUUGCUGAUAAUUAGUUAAAUAUCUUCAGCAUGUUUUAAGAUAUAUUCCUAUAUGCACAUAUGCAUGAAAGUAAGUAAUGAAAA